UUCAUUAGUCUAUUAUCUCACAAUUCAAAUCCAAAUAAUAAUAAAACAAUUUAAUGGAAAUUGAAGUGAAGCUCCGGCUCCCGUCCUCCGCCGCUCACGAGCGGCUCUCCGCCGUUCUCUCUGCCUACCACCGCCGCACUCACCUCCAAGAGAACCUCUUCUUCGACGGCCCCAAUGCGGAGCUCGCGUCCAGCUUCGCCGCCCUCCGCAUCCGCUUCUACGACCUCGACUCUCGCUGCGUUCUCUCUCUAAAAUCGAAGCCCCAAAUCUCAGGCGGAAUCAGCCGCAUCGAGGAGCAGGAGGAGCCUCUCGACCCCACCGUCGGCCGCCACUGCGCCGCCGAUCCAUCGCGGCUCCUCCUCAUCGAGCCGUCCGACAUAAUUAGGAGGGUGAGGGAGGAGUUCGGUUUGGGCGGGAAGGGUUUGGUCUGUUUGGGGGGUUUUAGAAACGUGAGAGGGGUUUACGAGUGGAGCGGGCUAAAAUUAGAAGUCGAUGAGACGCUCUACAGCUUCGGCACGAGCUAUGAGGUCGAAUGCGAGAGCUCCGACCCCGAUGAAGCGAAGAAUUUGAUCGAAGGGCUCCUGCAGAGCAAUGGAAUUGAGUAUCAGUAUUCGGAGAAAUCAAAGUUCGCCGUUUUUCGAUCAGGAAAGCUACCUGGAUAGCUUGAGAGAAAGAGUAGUGGAAGUAAUGUUGGUGGAGAGUGGAGUCUAGUUGGAUUUCCAAAAUCAGGAAGUUCAUACUUUUAUGGACGAACUAAAAAGCAAAUAGUUCGUACUUUUCAUGGACGGGUGGAGUAUAUUUCUGGUUAGUUUUGUCUGAUAGCCUCACUCUUCUUUUCUAUGUGGUAGGUAUUCAAUUUACUUUUAGCAAAUCCAUGGUUGUUGAUUCGGCAGUCAGAAUCGACCUCGUAUCCACGAUGAGUGUAUCCUAAGCAGCGGAAGUUCAAGAACAUCCAGCAGUUGGGGAAUGUGGGACUAGUUGAAACAUGUUUAUGUCUGCACCAUUGUAAAGUCUUGAAUCAUGAUAGUUAGGUUAGUACAUUACAGAAAUGAACAUGAAGUUGUGGUGUAUAACCUAUUUAUUUUAGUUUAAUGGAAAAUGUUUCAACCUGCUCUUGACCAAGA